UCCAUUCUGUGGAUGUAGGCACCAUCAAUGGCUAAACCACGUUAAAUGCCGUCUCUGUUCUCCAUCUUUUCUAUUUUUUUUGUUUCUUCUAUGUUCAGAACGUGGCAUCAGAGCGAUGCAUUCAAGGGACAUGCUGCUGGAUUCAAGACUGUUGUUGAUUAGAUUCCAACGUUGAGAAGAUUAUUCUAUCGUGUCCACUAUUGAUCGGCUCUAUCGAUUGAGAAGUUUUUUUUUUUUCCUGCCAUGGCAAGUAACAUGGUUCAUAUUGUUGAAUGAAAGAAACCACCUUCCCUGGUCUAGAGUAGUAGUCGUUGCUCUUGGAGGCCGUUCUAAACUCAAUUAUAUUAAUGGCCAAACCAUGGCCUCUGGCACUGCUGAUCCGAGGUAUGCUGAAUGGCUUGCCAAUGACAAUCUUGUCAUGACUUGGUUGUUUAACUCUAUAGAGCCCAAUAUUUAUAAGGUCUUUGCCUGUUCUAUAACCUCUCAAUCUCUCUGGACUUCCUUGCGUGAUAUGUUGACAAUGCGUCACGGAUCUUUGAGUUACAGUAGGAGAUUGCCCAUGCCGAGCAAGCUCCCAAUCAAUCCUUUACCGAAAAGAAAAAAUGGGACGAGCUUCAUUAGUACCGACCUCCUCCUACUCAAACCAUAGAUGACCACAUUAAAAGGAAAGAGCAGGAUCGCAUUUUUUAGUUGCUUGCCAGUAUCAAACCAGAAUAUGAGGAUCUUAAGCAUCAAAUUUUGAUGAGUUCGACAACCCUCCCUUCAUUCACAAAUGUCUGUGCAACUAUCCAACGUGAAGAAAUCCGGUGUCAAGUGAUGCACUCUGAUUUCAAGAUAAGGGGAGAACCAUCUGAAAGUUCUGCUAAUAUUAUCCUCCACAGUAGCAAGCCGCAAAAUGAUGGUGGUGAUCGAUUUGGAAAGGGGAAAGGGUCGUGGUUCACGGCCACCAUUCCAUUGUGAUACUGUGGCCGAGAUGGGCAUGUUAAGGAUCGGUGUGACUCGUUGAAUCCUCACUUAUGUCCCAAUAAAGCCACGAGGACAGACUCUAACCUUGCAGCACAAACCAGUUCAGGAGACCUACCUACAUUUGACUGACUCUUGAGAACCUUGCACCUUUGCUUCAAUAGUUAUUGCAAACCAGUGGAAAUGCUUGUACUAAUGCUAUUCCUUCAACACUUUGAAUCAGGAAGGAAAUGUGGUUGCAUCUUCUGGUAAUGCUAUUUUUGCUCUCUCUGCUUUAUCUAAGAGUUAUUUUAUUAUUGUAGGUUCAGGGGCCACUGACCAUAUGUGUUGCUCAAUCCAUUAUUUAUCUGAUCUUAGAACUACUCCUAAUGGUUCCCAUUUCCUGAUCACUGUUGCUAACAAAUGGUGUUGGAAAAAUUCAGUUUUUCUCAACUAAUUCCAAUGCUUUAUUUGUGCCCUCUCUUUCAUCUAAUUUACUGUCUAUCAGUAAGUUCACUCAAGAAUUAAAUUGCAACGUUAUUUUUCUUCCCAUAAGGUCACCUUCCAGGACCACGCCACAAGGAAGACAAUUGGUGAAGGGAGAUGCCAGCAAGGUCUCCAUGUUCUUGGCAUCCCUCUUGCCGUGAUGGUUGCAGGACAAAAUACAAGUUAUGGCAUUUAUGAUUGGGACAUCCUUCGGACCGAGUGCUCCUGUUGACUGUUGGGAUGGCUAUAAAUAUUUUGUUACAUUUAUCGAUGAUAAAACUCUUGCCACAUGGCUUUAUUUGCUUACCUCCAAAAGUGAAGUUCAACAGGUGUUUCAAGAAUUUUGCAAUAUGGUUCAUGCCCAUUUCAUUAAAGUAUCAUGUACCGAUAAUGGUACUGAGUAUACCAAUCACCCAUUUGAAGCAUUCCUCGAAAGCUUGGGAAUAAUUCAUCAAACCUCACGUGUUGGUACGUCUCAACAAAAUAAGGUUAUUGAGAGAAAAAAUUGACACCUUCUUGAAAUAACUCGAACUUUACCCCUUUUUUUUUUUUUGGGUAAAUCUUCCCAUGGCCUAUUGGUCUGAUGCUAUCCUCAUAUGUUACUAUCUAAUUAAUUGUCUGUCCCAUAAAAUUUUGCGGUAUAAGUGUCCCAUGAAAGUACUCCACGAUCGAAAGUUUACUAUUUUUCAUUUUCAAAUUGAUGUGAUCCUUCAGUCCUUGUCCGAUGCAUACGGUCAGUUCAUCAUGAACUUCCAUAUGCAUAAGAUGCAGUAUACCUUGGCCGAGUUAAUAAACAUGCUGGUUACGGCUGAGCUUUCUAUGAAGGAUUCAAAAGGCUCAGUUCUUACUAUGGAGCGAACUUCUUCUAAGAGAAAGUCUUUUGAAAAGAAAAAGAAGUCUGCGAAGAAGCAGAAGGUGGAUGGGAAGAAGAAGAAGACAGAACCGAAAAGGAAGGCUGCUGAAAAGGGAAAAUAUUUUCACUGCAAUUCAUACGGCCAUUGGAAACGGAACUAUUCUCAGUACCUGGCCACCCUGAAGAACAAGAAGGAUGGUCCUUCUGGAGGAUCUUGAGGAGAGCAGGAGGCUGAGGGAUGGAGAGAUAAUCCUACGCAUCGAGAACAGAGCAAGAGUUCCUGCUGUGGCCGUGGAAACCUACCCUCUGUGAUUAUCGUUAGGAUUAGAUUUAUUUCUAAGAGAUUGUUAUUAUGUGCCUGCAGCAAGCAAAAAUUUGAUUUCUGUUUCAUGUUUAGCACAAGAAGGCUAUAUGAUUAGAUUUCAUAAGGAUCAUUGUAACAUAUUUUAUAAAAAUAAUAUAAUUACAAAUAAUUUUUUUAUUAA